GCCCAUUCCCUGCCCAUUCCCUGCCCUUUCCCUACUCAUUCCCUGCCUGCUCCCGGCUCCAGCUCCGUUCCCGGACGAUGUGCCCCUGCUGCAGCAGCUGAAGUUGGACACACGGACAGCAGAGGGGACACGAGGGGACACACAUGGCGACGGCCGGCAGGGGCAGCAAAGGCAAGGGGGGCUCCGUGCGCUUCGCCCCCAGCCCCCCCCCCGAGGGGGCCCACGUGCACUUCCAGGAGCAGCUCCACGACUCGGCCGUGAUGGUGACCCAGGAGAAGGACGGCGGCUUCCUGGUCAAGGUGGGAUUCCUGAAGAUCCUGCACAAGUAUGAGAUCACCUUCCUGCUGCCCCUGGAGCAGAGGGGAGGGGGGGACGUGUGUGCCCUCCCUGUCCCCAACCCCAACCUGCGGGUCCUCAGCGUCACCUCCCUGCCAGAAGGGCUGAGCGUGCACUGCGAGUACACGGCGCACAAGGAGGGGGUGCUGAGGGAGGAGCUGCUCUUGGCCACCCCCGGCCACGGCCACGUCAGGGUCACCGUCCAGGCCCGGGUCAUGGACCGGCACCACGGGACGCCGAUGCUGCUGGACGGGGUGCGCUGCGUGGGCGCCGAGCUGGAGUACGACUCGGAGCAGAGCGACUGGCACGGCUUCGACUGAGCCCCCCCGGGCCCGGCGCGGGGUCGGGGGGUCCCCACUGCCCGGGGGGGGGGGUCCCCACGGCCCGGGGGGGGACGGACCCCGAU